AUGGAAGGGAUCCGAGUCGAUCCCAAGAAAAUAGAAGCUAUAGUUGAGUGGAAGCAACUAAAAAAUGUAGUCAAGCUUCGUAGUUUUCUGGGUUUAGCUGGUUAUUACCAACGAUUCGUUGAGGGAUUUUCUCAGAUUGUGUCACCCCUAACAAAGUUGCUACGUAAGAAUGCUCUAUUUGUGUGGUCUGUGGCACAGCAGGCUAGUUUCGAUAAGCUCAAGUCCGUUCUGACACAGGCUCCUAUUUUAGUUCAACUAGAAUCGGGUUGGAAAUUUAUGGUGUAUAGUGAUGCGUCACAAGUCGGGUUAGGAUGUGUGCUUAUGCAAGAUGGUAAGGUGGUCGCUUACGCGUCGCAACAACUUAAGACACAUGAGGGUAACUACCCUAUACACGAUCUUGAGCUGGCUACAGUUGUGUUUGCUGUGAAGAUCUAG